UGAGCAGCAGGUCGUUGCCGCACGGUCCAACAUCGAUGCUGUAGCUGUGAACGAGGCCAUAGGACGUUGCAAACGUGGAGGGCACUGGCAGAUGGCCUUGGCCUUACUUCGAAACAUGAAGGACUGGAGCCUUGAGCAAGAUGUGGUGAGUUACAGUGCUGCCAUCGGUGCAAGCGAAAGUGCGUCUCAGUGGUCUGCAGCUCUCAGCCUUUUCGAUCAGAUGGAGUCGAUCGCACCAAACGUGGUGACCUACAGUGCUGUCAUGGGUGCCUGUGGAAAGGCAAGCUGGUGGAGUUUGGCUUUAUAUCACCUUUCUAAGAUGGAAGCAUUGCAUGUGCUGCCCAACCUCUUCACGUUCAACUCUGCCAUCACUGCCUGUGCCAAUGGGUUUCAAUGGGCCCAGUCACUAGCGCUGAUGGCGGAGCUUCGAAGAACUUUGCAGCCUGACACGAUCACGUUCAACGCCCUCAUGGUGGCCCUUCAGAAGGCAGGUUUGUGGGAGGAGGCCAUCAAACUCUUGGAGGAGCUGAUUGAAGAAACCCUGCUGCCCAGCAUCAUCAGUUUCAAUUCUGCAAUCAAUGCAAUUUCAAAGUGUGGAUGUCGAAACUGGUCAUUAUCUUUGGUUUUCCUCGAUACGAUGCAGCAGAUGGGAUUGCAGCCUUCCAUUGCUACCUUUGGUGCUUUGAUCGGCCAAGAGGGAUCGAAAUGGCGCAGCGUCUCUCAACUGCUCCGUGUGAUGACUACCAACCAUUUGAGGCUGAACCAGAUCAGUGCAAGCACCGCUACCACGUCUUAUUCUGACACCAACUGGACUUCAUCCAUGCACUUGUUGGGGCUGAGUAGGCGUGCCGGGACCGAAAGUGGCAUUUUCCUAUGGAACGGAGCCAUUGCCGCAUGUGGUGAUCGCUGGACAGCAGCCAUUGAUUUGCUGCAAGGGCUGAGAGGUAGGCGCAUUGCGGAUGUCGUCAGCUUCAACGCCGCUAUGGAGAGGUGCAACGAAGAAUGGAAGAUGACGUGCCAGCUCUAUGCCGACAUGUACUCCGGAGGAUUGAAAAGUACAGAAAUCAGUCAGAAUUCUCUCCUCCGGUCCUACGGCAAGGGCACGCAGUGGGAAAAGGCAUUCAGAACUUCCGUGCUACGAGUCACGAGCAUCUCCUCCAAUGCGGCUGUCAGCGCGUGUGAGAAGUGCAGCUUUUGGGACAUUGGCCUCUUGAGCCUGGCAGGCUCAGCAUCAAUGCAGGUUGAACCUGAUAUCAUCGGCUUUGCCGCACUCGCCAGUGCUUGCGAGAAGGCGAACAGGUGGCUACAAGCAUGCACCCUUCUCCAAGACACGAAGGCAUCAGGUCUCUUGGCCAACGUCAUCUUUUGCAAUGCCGCCACCAGUGCCUGUGUAGCCAAUGCAUGGCCUCGUGCUCUCUCCACCUUUCGGGCCAUGAAGAACCGCUUCCUUCAGGUGGACCUGGUGAGUCACAGCGGAGCCAUCAGUGCGGCCGAGAAAGCUGGUUGGUGGGAGUUGCCCUACAGAAUUCUGGCAGAAAUGGAGAUGACUCAGGUGCAGGCAGAUGAAAUUAGCUUCGGAGCUGCAGUCAGUGCCUGCGAAACUGCCCAGAGACAGCAGAGCACAGCACGAUUCGAAAGGUAGCUUUGGAUCUAGCCAUAUCUAGCUGCUCUAGCUGUGCCUUUGCAUCCUCAGAUCAAGGUGGAAGUCGCUUCCUACGCUUCCUACGUUUGCCUCACGAAGGUUUAGCUCCUGGAUCUCUGAUGAUCCCCGCGCACAACAAAUCUGUGCCAUGCCAACGGAGUGAUAGCGAAUCUGAUAGCGAGUGAUGCGCAAGAUGACUACGCAUGUGCACACUGUGGAAAAGCGCAGAGGUGCCCGCUAGUGGCUCAUGGGUCACUCGGCCCUGUUUGCGUGGCAGGGAGGCUUUGCAGUACAUUGCUCUUUAUGUGGGCGCCUUGUCACGAAGAUCCACGAAGCAAGCGUAGCCCGUUUGAAAUGGCUGAAAUGGCAGCUAGAUCCACUCCUUUGGAGCUUGUGGAAGGCCAAGGUGCCUGCAAUAGUUCCACCAUGUUUCACCAAAAGGUACAGUUCGGAGAAAA